AUGGCACACCGGCUGUCUGCGCUGCUGCGUCUGUGCCGUCCAACUCGACCGGCAUCCCUCGUGCUUCCUGCGCGACCGCCAGGUCUAUUGCAAGCAGGACUACGCCAAGUAACCGGGGUCUACGCUGUUGAGUGUCUUCAGUUAGAUCGCUCGUCCUCUUCCUUGAACAAGGUCUGCUGCAAGCAGGACUCCGCCAAGUCUGCUGCAAGCAGGACUCCGCUAAGUAAGUCUAUCUACAUACCUGUUAUUGUGCUGAAGGCCGAGACCACUACUGCUCCCUCCGCCGCCAGGUACUGUGCCGCAAGCAGGACUACGCCAAUCCUCACCAUGAAGAUGCCGUUAUUCAACACGCUGUGUACUAAAGCGAUUUACAUAAAAACUACUAGGGCAGGGAAAUGGAUCUACUUCCUGCGCGACAGGAGUUUCGGUGCGAAGUGCAGCAAGUGCUGUCGGGGUAUCUCGUCGUCGGACUGGGUGCGGAAGGCGCGCGAGCAGGUCUACCACCUUGCUUGCUUCGCGUGCGACGCGUGCGGCCGGCAGCUGUCCACAGGCGAACAGUUCGCCCUGCACGAGGACCGGGUGCUCUGCAAGCCCCACUACCUCGAGACCUUGGACGGCGGCUCUAUUUCAUCUGAUGACGGCUGCGACUCCGAGGGCUACCACAAGAGCAAGGCAAAGCGCGUGCGCACCACAUUCACAGAGGAGCAGCUGCAAGUGCUACAGGCGAACUUCCAGCUGGACUCGAACCCCGACGGCCAAGACCUGGAGCGCAUCGCGCAGGUCACCGGCCUCAGCAAGCGCGUCACGCAGGUCUGGUUCCAGAACAGCCGCGCGCGCCAGAAGAAACACCAGCACACCGGCAAGAGCAAGCAGAACCAACUGAUAUCCCGGGACGCGGAUCCGGUGGGGUUUGGGCGGCCCAUCAACCUCCACCUCACGUAUUCGUUCCAGAACAAACCGCCUUUUGUCCCAAUAGAUGGAACUUCCUUCACGGAUUCCUCAAUGGAUGAGCUGUCCGAGGAUUCGUCGAUACAUUGCAUGCAGAGCGAGGUGUAACCAUCGUUCGACCACCACAGCGCAGCGCAGGGACCACGUCUCAGAUAUACUAAACUCAGGAUUAUAUUUUAUGUGCACCUGAUUUCAGUUGUACUUUUCAAUAUGUUGAUAAAUAAAACUAUAGCGUAGACAAAGUCAAGUAAAAGAUUAUACAAAAAACAUGAAUUGGUCAAAAAUUUGAGUAUUAAGACACUCGCCUAGGUAAGACUUACUUUUUUAUCAGUUGUCUAAAAUAUUAAAAUUUUGUUUAGAUUUUCGCCAUAUUUUCGCAUACCUACCUCUUCUUUAUGUUUUACGGUAUCUGAAGCGUAUCUUCUGCUGCUACUAUUGACAUAUCCAGUGAUAUAUUUAAGUAUAUUUAUAGGUACACCGCUGUAUACUGGCCUCUCGCUUUCUAUUUUGAUAUCCAUUUUAAUGAUAAUUAAACAAAGUUUGUAAAUUAUUAAAUUAAGCCUUUAGAGAAUUGUAAUCGAUUCGAAAAAAACUGUAUAGCAAACUCGCGUGAAAUUAAAACACUUUUUUUAAGUUUUUUGUACUUUUAGUUCUACAUUACAAAUUUCCUUCUGUGUAAUAAAUCUUGUAGUAGCUUUUUACACACACUAUAUAUCGUGGAAACAGGUAGUUUUGAUACGCGGUAAAAACAAAACAUUUAGCUUUUUCCUAUUAUAGGAAAAAGCUUACCUGUGGUGCGUGUUUGAAGUGUAUAGCUAAACCUUGAAUGGCUGAAUUCUAAAGGAACCUUAAGCAGCUGGAAAAUGGUUAAAGGGUAGCAGUGAUAUGUGGAAGACAUCUCACCGCGAGACAAGUCUCCGCUCCGCCUUAGAGUCACUAUUCACUCGAGCUUGAGGGGGCUUAGCGUAAUUAGAUAGAGUCCAAAUAUCAAUCUCAACCUUACCACCUGGCAACUUACAGUUUUUAAGCAACACCAUAACUAUGUUUUUAAUAUGAAUAGUUAACUGUAACAGUGCUUUUAAACAUUUUGGGACAAAAUUCACUACCAGGGUCAAAAUUAACUCUUUCUACGAUAUCUUAGUACAUACUUACUUUAUACAUAUAAUUACUGGAUGACUGAUUUUUCUGGGUUUAACCAUUUUUCUUAGGUUCAAUGAUGAAAUUUGUAACACAUUUAGUCACUUUAUGCCAUAAUACUUUCCAAUCUAUUUAUUAAUAAUAAUUUCUAAUAUGUAUCAUUGCUUGUAAGAAAAUAAAAUUUAUAAAUAAAAAUUAAGUCUGUAAUAUAUACAUUUAAUUGUUAGUCUCUAAUAAUAUUAAAGCCCAUGUGUAAUUGUUAUCAUAUUUAUUGUAAAAAGUAUUAUUUAUCUAUUUAUUUCUAGUAACUGUGAUAAGUUUUGUCCGCAAACAGGUAGGUAUUUGUGUUGUAAAAUUUUAAAUACUUGGUUUUUUUAUUCCAGUUAAAUAUAAUCAACUGUAAUAGCUAUGUAAUACUUACCUACUACAUCAAAAAUAUGUGCUAUUUUCAUACCCAGGAAUAGAAAUUUAUACGUCAACAUUUUUAAUAAUUGCCCUUAGAUUACAACAAAAAGAGAAGAUACGGCACUCGCGGCACAAAAGUGAUCCGCUUAAGUUGUGGUGCAUGACCACAAUUCGGUAUAGUCACAAUUUUACAUUCAAACACGCUGCAUGUGCACUCAAUAUAACAAUGUUACAUAUAUUCUCUCUGUUAUAAAAAUAAAACAAUGCCUUAGAUGCUCUUAUAAAGAACACAAAGAGUUCAAAAUCAAAUAAUAAGUGCGUCGGCAACACUUUUCAUUCAUAAAACUGUAAAAUAUUUUUUUUUUAAUAUAUCACGGUUUGUCGUGAAUGUUAUUUACGUGAUCGCCAUUUUGUUAUCAAGAAAAGGACAACGAUACAACUCAGUCGUUCGGACUCGGACGCAUACACGCCGUUUCGCUCGCGCUGCGUCGAAGCGUACAGUUCUGUCUCGCUCGCUCGAUUGAAUGUUUAUUUACAGACGUAUGCGUAUGUGACAGUUGUUUAUGUAGUACAGUCGGAACAUAUUUUAUUUGAUGCUAGUAUGAGCGUACCGUCCCUUUUUGUUUCAAUCUAAGUAUGUGCCGGGUGCAGGCAAGAUUUAAAUAUCAUCAUCAUCAGCCUAUUAAUGUUCCCACUGCUGGCGCAUAGGCCUUCUCUAGGGAUGGAAUAGGGAGAUUGGACCAUGACCCACCACGUGGG